AUGCCGUCAAAUAAAUAUUCUUCACAUUUAACUCAAGAUAAAGCAUAUGGAACGGCUCAAGCUAUGCUCUAUGCUACGGGUCUUACUGAACCCGAUAUGGCUCGAGCUCAAGUUGGUAUUGUUUCAAUGUGGUACGAGGGAAAUCCAUGUAAUAUACAUUUAGCUCGUUUAGCUAAUUGUGUACAGACAUCAAUGCGUGAAUCCAUUGAACAAAAUAAUCUUGUCGGUAUGCGUUUUAAUACAAUAGGUGUUAGUGAUGCUAUAUCUAUGGGUACAGCGGGCAUGUCAUAUUCUUUACCAUCACGUGAUUUAAUUGCUGAUUCUAUUGAAAGUGUUAUGAGUGCACAUUGGUAUGAUGGUCUUAUAACAAUACCUGGUUGUGAUAAGAAUAUGCCUGGAUCUGUUAUUGCAAUGGCUCGACUUAAUCGUCCAGCAUUGAUGAUUUAUGGUGGAACAAUUGGAGCUGGUCAUACAACAUUAGGUUCAUGUACACGAACUAUUGAUAUUGAAUCUACAUUUGAAGUUUAUGCACAAUAUGUUAAAGGAGAAAUAAGUGAUGAAGAAAGACAAGAUGUUGUUCGACAUGCUUGUCCAGGCGAGGGAGCUUGUGGCGGUAUGUAUACUGCUAAUACAAUGGCUGUAGCUAUUGAAGCCAUGGGUCUUUCAUUACCAUAUAGUUCAUCAACACCUGCUGCUAAUCCACUUAAAUUAGCUGAAUGUAAACGAGCUGUAGAAGCAAUACGUAUAUUACUUGAAAAAGAUAUUAAACCAAAAGAUAUUAUGACUCGAAAAGCAUUUGAAAAUGCUAUUACUGUGACUAAUGCUCUUGGUGGUUCAACUAAUUCUGUACUUCAUUUAAUUGCUAUGGGUCAUGCAGCUGAUGUUCCAAUAGCUUUAGAAGAUUUUCAAGAAAUUUCACGUCGUACUCCAUAUAUUGCUGAUCUUCGACCAUCUGGCAAAUAUCUUAUGGCUGAUUUACAUUCAAUUGGUGGAACACCUGCCGUACUUAAAUAUUUACUUUCACAAGGUAAAAUUCAUGGUGAUAUAAUGACAGUUACUGGAAAGACACUUGCUGAAAAUUUGGCUGAAUGUCGUGAUUUGGGUUUUAUCGAAGGUAUGCCAUCAACUGUACGUCAAGGUCCUGGUCCAGGUAAUCAAGAUCUUAUUCAUCCAAUUGAUCGUCCAUUAAAAGCAAGUGGUCAUCUUCAAAUUCUUCGUGGUAAUUUAGCUCCCGAUGGUGCGGUUGCUAAGAUAACUGGUAAAGAAGGUCUUUGGUUUGAAGGAGAAGCACUUGUCUAUGAUAGUGAAGAAUUAAUGAUUGAAAGUUUUGUUCGUGGUGAUAUUCGUAAAGGUACAGGUAAAAAAUAUGUUAUUGUUAUUCGAUAUGAAGGUCCUCGUGGUGGUCCUGGUAUGCCUGAAAUGCUUAAGCCAACAGGAACGAUUAUGGGUGCAGGUCUUGGUAAAGAUUGUGCAUUAAUUACUGAUGGACGAUUUAGUGGAGCAUCACAUGGAUUUAUUGUUGGUCAUAUUUGUCCAGAAGCAGCUGUCGGUGGACCAAUUGCUUUAGUAAAAAAUGGUGAUAUUAUUUCAGUAAAAUUAACAUCAAAUGGAGGUCAUGGUACACUUAAUUUACAUGUAACAGAAGAUGAAUUAAAUGAACGACGUACUCAAUGGAAAUUACCUGUCAAAGCAAAUAUACCUAAAAAAGGAUAUUUACGAAAAUAUGUACAAUGUGUACAAUCAGCAUCGAAUGGAUGUAUUACAGAUGGAUAA